AUGAACAACGACGAGAAAAUCUUGGAUAUCACCAAGAAGAUUGAGCGCGAGAAGGCUUUGAUCAACGCUGCGAAUUUGAUGCGUCAGCAGACCAACAAUGAGGCCGUCCGAUCCAAACUCGAUACCCAAAUGCGUGAGGGGCGCCGCAAUCUCGAAUUUUUCGAGGAGAGGCUCCGCGAGCUGCAAAUGCGCCGUCUCGGGAACUCCGUCGACAACAUGUCUCUGGGCGGUUCGACACUUGGGUCAUUCAAGAGCGGAGAGCAUGGCGGUAAUGAGGGCGGACCGCCCGCGCCCCCGCCAAAAGACGCCUAUGGACAGUUUAGCCAGGGCGAUCUGAUGCCGCCGCGGGGACCAUUCCCCGGCCAGCCUCCGAACUCGGGAAUACCGAAAACUCGCCCAAACUUCACAAAGCUCGACCUUAUCAAAUUCGACACGCCGUACCUUGGCCCCCGUAUUCAGCUUAUGCUCUCGCAGAUUCAGUUUAAGCUCAAUGUUGAGGAACAAUACCUCAAGGGUAUUGAGAAGAUGGUGCAACUUUAUCAGAUGGAGGGCGAUAAAAAGAGCCGAGCCGAUGCUGCCGCCCGUCGGAUCGAGAGCGGCCAGAAGAUUGUGCUGCUCAAGCAGGCUUUGAAGAGAUACGAAGAGUUGCACAUCGAUAUGGACGCCGACUCACCAGAUGAUGACAGCAUCAACUUACCGAACUUGAGAAAGCCGCUGACAGGUCAGCUUUCGGUCCGGAUCCUGUCCGUCAAGGACGUUGACCAUGCGCCACUCAGCCGAUUUUCGCGUGCCCCCGAGACGUUUGUGACCAUCAAAGUUGAAGACAACGUGGUGGCCAGAACCAGAGCGUCACGUAACGACCGAUGGGAAACUGAAUUCCACAACAUCUUUGUCGACAAGGCCAACGAGGUGGAGCUGACAGUUUACGACAAACCUGGCGAGCAUGCCUUGCCUAUUGGGUUCCUGUGGGUGAGGAUCUCCGAUAUCGUGGAGGAGCUCCGCCGAAAAAGGAUCGAAGCGGAAACGAACAGCACUGGGUGGGUGUCCGCCGACCGUUUGGGCACAGGAGGCCCUGGUGGCCCUCCGCCACAGUUUCCUCUGGGCGCGCAAAGCCCCCAGUUUUCCGGACCGCCAACUUCCCCAGGGCAGCAGAUGCCACCCUUUGCUCCCCAACCGCCGCCUAAUGUUCCUGCCGUGUCCCAGCCGAUCGAUGCCUGGUUCAACCUGGAGCCGACGGGACAGGUCCAGUUGAGCCUUAACUUCGUCAAGGAGAACAAAGUGGCUGGGCAAAUGGAUGCUGGUCUUAACCGCAAGGGUGCCGUCCGUCAGCGUAAGGAGGAAGUACACGAAAUGUACGGCCACAAAUUCGUCCAGCGCCAAUUCUACAACAUCAUGCGCUGCGCGCUUUGCGGCGACUUCCUCAAGUACUCAGCCGGCAUGCAGUGUGAGGACUGCAAGUACACAUGCCACACUAAGUGCUACACCAGUGUCGUCACCAAGUGUAUUAGCAAGAGCAAUGCUGAGACGGAUCCCGACGAGGAGAAGAUCAACCAUCGCAUUCCCCACCGUUUCCAGCCCUUCUCGAACCUUACGGCCAACUGGUGCUGCCACUGCGGCUAUAUGCUUCCCAUUGGUAGCAAGAAGAACUCUAGAAAGUGUGCCGAAUGUGCCCUUACCGCACACGCGGCUUGCGUGCACCUCGUUCCUGAUUUCUGCGGCAUGUCAAUGGCUGUAGCAAACCAAAUUUUAGAAGGCAUCAGGUCGACAAAGAAGACCCGCCAAGAAAAGGCGUCUUCCAUGAGCGAGAGAAAUCUAAGAGCUGGAAGCAAAGCCACCACGAGUAGUGGUCAAUCGGCCGCAUCAUACUCGCCGUCCCAUCAUAGCUCUCAGGUCGCUUCUCCCGAGGCUACCGAGGCGGCCAAACUGAUGUACAACCAAACCUCUCCACAGCGUCCCGGGUCUGACAGGCCUUCGACGUCCUCUACUACGGCUUCAGCGGCGGCUGCAGCAGCCAUGUCCCCCAAGCAAGCAUCUUCUCCACAGCAGGUGGGCCAGAUUCCCGAUUUCGGUCCAGGGCACUACGGAGCUCCGGAAGGCUAUGGGCGGCCUGCGCAACAGCAGGAACCUCAAUAUGGCGCUCCGCCGCAACAGCAACUUCCGUACGGCCAACCGCAGCAACGGAAAUAUAACCCGGCAGACUACGCCAAUAUUGGUGUUCAUCCAGGGCAGCCGCCCGCACAAGCUCGCCCGACGCAGCAACAGGUUGCGCAGCAACAAUAUGCCCAACAACAACAGAUGUACCAGCAGCAGCAGCAGCAGCAACAACAACAGCAGCAGCAGCAGCAGCAACAGCAACCGCCGCAGCAACAACUUCAGCCAGCGGCGGUGCCGAAACCUCAAGCUGGCACUGAACCGGUCGACUCACAGGUAUCUGUUGUUUCCGGGAUACCGGCCCCGACCAAGAAGCCGCUUCCAUCCGCCACCGAUCCCGGAACGGGUCAGCGUAUUGGUCUCGACCACUUCAACUUCCUUGCUGUUCUGGGCAAGGGUAACUUUGGUAAGGUCAUGCUUGCGGAAACCAAGCGCUCUCGGCGACUGUAUGCCAUCAAGGUGCUCAAGAAAGAGUUCAUUAUCGAAAACGACGAAGUUGAAAGCAUUAAGUCGGAGAAGCGCGUCUUCUUGAUCGCUAACCGGGAGCGCCAUCCGUUCUUGACGAACCUCCAUGCGUGCUUCCAGACAGAAACACGCGUCUACUUCGUCAUGGAGUACAUCAGCGGUGGUGACCUGAUGCUACAUAUUCAGCGUGGGCAGUUUGGUACCAAACGUGCCCAGUUUUACGCCGCCGAGGUGUGCCUGGCACUCAAGUACUUCCACGAGAACGGCGUCAUCUACCGUGAUCUGAAGCUCGACAAUAUUCUCCUGACGCUCGAUGGCCACCUUAAGAUCGCCGAUUACGGUCUAUGCAAGGAGGACAUGUGGUACGGCUCGACCACCAGCACCUUCUGCGGCACGCCAGAGUUCAUGGCUCCCGAGAUUCUGCUCGACAAGAAAUACGGUCGUGCCGUCGACUGGUGGGCCUUUGGUGUCUUAAUCUACCAGAUGCUCCUGCAGCAAUCUCCAUUCCGUGGCGAGGAUGAGGACGAGAUCUACGACGCCAUCUUGGCCGACGAGCCGCUGUACCCGAUCCACAUGCCCCGUGACAGCGUCUCGAUCCUGCAGAAGCUGCUCACGCGUGAGCCGGACCAACGCCUGGGGAGCGGGCCGACUGAUGCUCAAGAGGUCAUGUCCCAGCCCUUCUUCCGCAACAUCAACUGGGAUGAUAUCUACCAUAAGCGGGUCGCACCGCCGUUCCAGCCGCAGAUCAAGAGUGCGACGGAUACGAGCAACUUUGAUAGCGAGUUCACGAGUGUCACACCGGUGUUGACGCCGGUGCAGUCCGUGCUCUCCCAAGCAAUGCAGGAAGAGUUCCGUGGCUUCUCAUACACGGCGGAUUUCGAGUAG